AUGAGAUUUACCAGGGUAUUGAGACAAGCAGAAGAGGUUUUAAUUAAGGCCGCAAGUGGUAACCCAACCGGUUUGACAGGUAUUUACCAACACCCAAACCCAAGACCUGCAUUAAUCGCUUUAUACAACCAUACCUUAACUGUUUUAGAUACGAAAUUCCCAAAAGAAUCUGUCUACAAACAGUCAGUUGAAGCUUUGACCAGAAACAGAUUAAAGAUUGUUCAAGAAGAAGAAAUUACUGAAAACAUUGAAAACAAGAUCGGAGGUGGUUUGAUCGAAGAAAUUAUUAUACAAGCACACGAAGAAUUGGGUUUGGCAAGUGACUUGAGUCUGAUGAAAUGUUGGGAGGAAUUAGAAGAAAAGCCAUUAGACGAUCAAUGGGUCUACUUUGGUAAGAAGAUCUAA